CUUAAAGUAAAAAAUAAUUUUAAAAAAGUAACACACCUUAUGCACUUAGUUCAAGUGUCGUUCCCCAUCAGAACCCAAAAUAUAAGAUUGGAGUAAAACAAUGUUUGUAAUCAACGUAAAUCUAAACUGUAUAGCCUCAAAACAUGGUUAAAACUCUACAUUUGGGAUCAUGUAUGGUCAGUCCUUGCGCCCGUAGGUCUAGUAGUUACAUUUCUCCAGCCCAAUCCAUUAGCUUUUUAGCAAAACAGGCGAGAACACUUUGUUAUUGUUUCCAUUAAGGAUUCUAGCUUUAAGUACAUCUCUCUCUAUGAUCCAAACUCCAACACGCACACCCAAUGGAACGUAUGCACACACAGACACAUGAAAGCCAGAAAUGUGACUCUAUAGAGAUGAAUGUAAAGCCAAAAGCUAUUUAGCAUCAGUGAUAUUGGUAUUUGGGGAUAAGGGCUACUGUAGUAAGCUAGGUGUUUUGAACUUUAUUCUGUUUUCACAUCUGGGUCUCUCGUGGUCACCACAUGUUGUUAAUCUGCUGGCUAACCUUAAACUCAGAGCGCUGUGUAAUUUAACCAACUAUUUUUGAAUGUGCUUCAUUUGGAACAUCCUGUUCCACUACUUCCUCAAAGGCAGCCCUUCCCUCGCCUUUACCCAAGCCCCCAAAUAUCCCCCAACAUGUGUUCCAAGUUACUGCCCUCACUUGGUCUUAACAACAUUUCACAUUUUGAAACACUCAGCAGAAAAGCUGCACCAUAUACCCUUUGAGGAAACAAAGGUUAAGGCUAAAAUGUAAAGGCUCUGGUCUGCACUGUUUGUCUCCUAAAGAAGACAGCUGUGAUAUGAACCUACCAGUUGGACACUGGAGGCUGCCGAGGGGAAGACGGAAUAAUGGCUGGAAUUGGGUGGAUGGAAUGGUAUCAAACAUAUGGAAACCAUGUGUUUGAUGUGUUCGAUAACAUUCCAUUUGUUCCAUUCCAGCCAUUACUAUGAGCCCAUCAUCCCCAAUUAAGGUGUCACUGCCCGCCUGUGGAGUUAGAGAAUCAUUAACUGUUAUUUGGUAUUGUAUAUUUAAACAAAUAUAAAUUCCCUUGUCACACCAGCGUGUUAUGCUCACAGUGAGAGAUUUAGACCUUACGUGGGCUUGCGUUUCAAUGUACUCUGUAUCUAUGAAAAGGGGAGUGAAUCUAGUCACCGAGUGGUGUUAGACUAUAGCCACACGGAAGAGUUGAAAUGACGCUGCCACUGUGUCUAAGGGAAAGGAGAGCCUGUAAACAAAUCACCAGGCAGCCCAGCGUGUCGUUUAGCCUGGCCCUUUCUCUGCUCAGACCUACUGAAUAAAACAUUCAAGAUGUCUGCCCUCUCUGCCCAUUCUUCCUCCUAACAUCCAGCUGGUUACACUGGUUGGCUACCCUAAGUUCCACGACGAUGGUUAGAGCUGUAGGAUACAUAUGCUGGAUGUUGCAGCUGACCCACGUGUUUGCCUUAUCUGUGGAGACCGCGCCACAGGCCUGCACUACGGCAUCAUCUCCUGCGAGGGCUGCAAGGGCUUCUUCAAGCGCAGCAUCUGCAACAAGCGCGUGUACCGCUGCAGCCGCGACAAGAACUGCGAGAUGUCGCGCAAGCAGCGCAACCGCUGCCAAUACUGCCGCCUGCUCAAGUGUCUACAGAUGGGAAUGAACCGCAAAGCAAUCAGGGAAGAUGGCAUGCCAGGAGGGAGAAACAAAAGCAUUGGGCCUGUUCAGAUCACAGAUGAGGAGAUUGAGCGGAUCAUGUCGGGACAGGAAUUUAAGGAGGAAGCCAGUCUCCCGGAGCACACCUGGAGCAACAAUGGUGACAGUAGUGACCACAGUUCCCCUAGCAACGGCGCCUCCGAGGGCAACCAGCCCUCACCCGCAUCCACUCUGUCAUCCAAUCGCUCUGUGGAGUUGAAUGGCGGCUACACGGCUGCUCUCAGAGACCAGUACAUGAACACCCCCAUGAACACCCCCUACCAGCUGCUACCUCACCUCUUCAGCUACCAUGCCCAGUCAGGCCUGCUUCCCCCCCAGCCCCGCAGCCUCUACCCCCAGUCGCACCCCCUGGUGCUGCAGCUAGUGGCUGCAGAGGACCUGGCUCCACUGGCCACCCCCAUGCUGAUAGAGGAUGGGUACAAGGUGACUCAGGUGGAGUUGUUUGCGCUGCUGUGUCGUCUGGCCGACGAGCUGCUGUUUCGUCAGAUCUCGUGGAUCAAGAAGCUGCCGUUCUUCUGCGAGCUGUCCAUCGAGGACUACACCUGUCUGCUCAGCUCCACCUGGCAGGAGCUCAUCCUGCUCUCCUGCCUCACCAUCUACAGUGCGCAGAUCUUUGGAGACCUGGCCGACGUCACCGCCAAGUACACGCCCUCUGAGGGCGAGAUGCAGGGGUUCAGUGAGAAUGGCAUGGAGGUGAUGGAGAGGCUGAUCUAUCUGUUCCGCAAGUUCCACCAGUUGAAGGUCAGCAACGAGGAGUACGCCUGCAUGAAAGCCAUCAACUUCUUGAACCAAGAUAUCCGCGGUUUGACUAACGUCUCCCAGUUGGAGCAGCUGAACAAGCGCUACUGGUACGUGUGUCAGGACUACACUGAGUACAAGUACCCUCACCAGCCCAAACGCUUCCCUGAGAUCAUGAUGUGUCUGCCAGAGAUCCGCUUCAUGGCAGGCAAGCUGGUGAAUGUUCCCCUGGAACAGCUCCCCCUUUUGUUCAAAGCAGUCUUGCACUCCUGCAAAUCCAGCCUAAUCAGCUACAGGACAGGAAGUUCCCCCUGUCUGACUUCUACGGGUACCUCCCCUGGGAACUGAGCCCUGCCCUGCUGGCUCUAGGACCAUCCCUUUACUCAGAGCUGGCCUAGGGGGCAGGGCAAGGGACUGGUCCUCCUUCCUGUGAAUGUGACAAGCAGCUAGUUUUAUAAAACUUUUUUUUCUCUAUAUAUUUAUUACACGACAGAGCUGAAUGUAUGCUGAUUUAUGCUGUGCACAUGCUUCUGUACAAACUAAAUGCACAUUGAUGCAUUGGUCUUUGGAGUUUACAAGUGUGUAUCCGAUUGCUCAAUGUGUCGGUGUUGCCAUUGUUAGAACUUGAUUUUAAACAUUUAUUUUAUUCGGAUGGGGCCGGAUAUAAAUGAGUUGACAAGUGUUUUGAGACUACCUCAGGAAGAUUUUGUUUCUAUUUUCAGGUACCUUUUUCUCGCUGUUUUGAAAUGAAGAGUUGCCCAGUCUAAAUCCAAUCCCUGUAAAUGCUUUAAACUCCUGAAUCGUAGAUUGAUAAGUAGGCCUUUACCACAAAAUUGACCAAAGGCAUUGCUGUAUAUUGAACCAAAGAUAAAAAAGCGUUCACCCCUGCAAUCAACAAAUGAAUAUUCACUACUGGUGUAUUGUCCCCCUUCUUGUAGUAUUUUUCUAUACUGUGUUACACACACCCUCUCUUACAGAACCCACAGACAGACUUCCUGUAAGGGAUGGGCUGGUCAGUUUUGAACAUUCCUAGACUUUCAGUGAGGUGACAUUUAUCUGGAUUGUGGGAUCUUCGUAGAAAACGAGCAUACGGGUAUUUUCUACAAUCAUAGACUGCGGAACAAAUUGAAUUGCAGGGGUAGGGGAAGUUUGCUAUUAGCUGUAUUGAUUUUUGUUGUUGUUGACCAAAGUGUUAUGCAAAGCUUUUUCAAGCAGAACCCAUAGAUGGGUGAUGAGCCGAUAGCUCAGUGUAAUGAUUUCUUAUCAAUGAAGGACCCGAAUAAGAAAUGAAUCAAUGUGCGUUGGAGCUGGAGGGGAGACCUUCUGCUGACAGACAGACACACAGUGUAGCUGGUUCCCGUCCUAACCCCUAACGCUGAGACACCACAGACAAAGGCCCCACUGUCUUCCCUCCUAGUCCCUGUAGCACCCAUUUGUUGCUCCAGACAUACAACUUUUAGCCCUCCACUGGUACUCCCUUGCCCAAUCCUUAGCCUCUGCACAUGCUCAUUGGGUUGGUGGUCCAGUCCGCACAGUUAGGCUAGAAGGAAAUGCUGGCCUGCUCAUUUUUACUACUACAUCUUUAGACAGACAGUGUUGGGUUAGGAAUGCUCAGGUGACUACUUUUUGGCUGUAAAAGAGGAGAGAUGGAGGAGACAUUAGGGGCUUGUCUAUUCAUCUGGAAGGACUAGAGGUUACUUCCGGCUUGCACAUCAUCUGAGACAGAUAUGCACAUUGUUUUAAAAAAGAAACAUACAGAGAAAUAGGUUCUUUAUUUUCUAAGUAUGAGAUGAUAAUUUCACCCACUUGAAGAGUCUUUUUGAUCAUUCAAGUUUUAUCUGUUUCAUAGUAACCGUUGUUUGAACAUUUGGGGCAAUGCAGUCCUUAAAACGACUCUCUUUUAUGCGUGCUGUGGUGAGGCAAGACACAUUCUUUGACCAUGACCUUGGCAAAGUUCCCACCCUGCAUGCUCCUCUCUCUCAGGUCCUUGUGGACCUGUAUUUAAACAGGGUAAAGUGAGUGUUAUGUAUUGCAUUCAGGAGUUAUUCAGUGAUCACAAUGCUGAUGUACUUGUAGGAUUUGUAGUCGUAGGAUUCAGGACAUUGUAGGUCCUUUUUAGAAGGUGUUUUCUUUUUCAAAUACUUUCCUGUUUUACAAAAGUGAAUGUGUUGGUUUUAAGGGCAUGUUUUAGAACAGAUUGUUUCAGAACAGAUUUAAAACAACUGGUGAACCAGUACCCCCAGUUCAGUGUUGAGCUGAUUUGGCUGAAGGUGGUCUGAGACAGGGCAGAAAUGCCAGAGAUGCCCCUUUCCAAACUGAGCAUGCUCAAAAUAACCUCAACUAUCAGGUAGGCUUACUCUCUCCCUUCAUCACUACUGUAAGUCCAUCCUAGUUUGUCUAUCUCAGCCUUAACACUACUACCUGCCUUAAAGGACAAUUUGUCCGUUGUUGACAUAGUCCCAAAAAUGUUUUGCUUGUCAGCAAUCAAUUUUAAAGAUAUGUAACUUUCAGAAUACAGAAAUCAUCCCCAUAUGAUGCAUCUCUGGGUGGAAUGUUCCUUUAACACUGUACUAUCUUAUGCCCUGAACCUUUGAAUACUUUCACCAAUGGUGUGUUCUUUCUUUCAGUAGUUUUCAAGUAGCCACCUUUCCAUGUUUUGUUUUUAUACAUUUUCAAUGUUAUUGUUAAAGCUAGAAUCCUUAAUUAGAACAAUAACAAAGUGGUCACCCCGCCUUAGUUUUGGUAAAAAGCUGAGGGAUGGGCCUGGAGAAAUGAAAUGCAAGGACUGACCAUCCAUGACAUCAAUUCUAGUUUUAACCAUGUUUUGAGGCUAUACAGUGUUUGUUUACAUUGACAUGGAUGUUGGAUGUGAUUCUAUCAACUCAUUCCCUUGUCUCUGCUGUAAUUUAAGUUCCCAAAGAAUAUAGUGCGUAUGGUAUUGAUAUUACAAUUCAAAAGUGUUUAUGGAUUGAUCACUUUUGCUAUUACCAAAAACAUGUUACAGAUUUGAUGAAUAAAAUGAUAUCUGCAGACAGUGAAUUAACUCAGCAGAAGACAGGCACCUGUGAAACUGGUAAAUAGUAUGCAUAUUUAUGCAUGAUCCUUCACAUGCAAAGCCUUUACUGUAUUCCCCAGUGUCAUUUGGGCCUGAGGUGUGGAGUUUUCAACUCAGAUAUUAGAUGGGAGUCACACACUGUUUUCUUUCAGUUGACCAUCUGUGAACAAAGCAGAGAACAUUGCGGUGUGCCAGAAGCCAUGGUGGGGAGCAGCCAGCCACUGGUCUGGGGGACUCAGUGCAUAUGGCACUCCUAAACUCAGGGAUCAGACAUUUUUAGGAUACUUGUGUUUGAGACCCUAGCCCAGUGCUGCUGCUGCCAUACAGUGUCACUCUGGCCAUCAUACAUGAAUAUAGGGACUCUAAGUGGCAGAUUAUUCCUCGCAGUCUCUUUUCAAAUCAAACGUUACAUUGCUACCUUGCUGCCAACACCUCUCAUGUUUUGAAACACAUGUAAUACAAACUCAUUACCAUUCUUACUAUUUUCUGGAAUGUGUUUUUACAGAUAAUGGAUAUGUAAUUUGCAAUUUCUAUACUGAAACUACCUCUUUUUGUGUGUCAUCACGUUGCUAUCUUUCACACAGGUAAUGUUUAAAAAAAAAUCAUAUUUAUUGGUUUCAUUGCACCAAUGUUCUGUUAUUUUGUGUCUCUUAUUUCAUCCAGUUACCUCGCUGUUACCUAUUUUGCAUGUAAACUUUUCCUGAUAUGUUUUUCCGUGGUACCUCAGGAGAAACUGCAGCCUCACCCUUGGUGGAUGGGAGUCAGUUUGACCACCUUGCCAGUUUUACAUUUACUCUGACAACUUUGCUCUGCGAUCGAUCAUGUACUUUACAACGUCACACCAAGUGAUCAAUGAAAACGGAUCAGACUGAUGACUUAUCUACAACAUCAUGACCGUACAUUACCAAUCAUAAACACUUUAAGGACUCUUGGAAGAUUAGUCCAAAUGGGGACUAAAAGAGAUCCAAAUAAAAUCAAACACACCUGAUUACCAUACCAAAUCAUUUCUAUGGGAAUCUCGGCAUACUGUAUGUAAUCACAUGCCAUAGGCGGUUACCAUUUGUUCACUUUUCUGCGGUCGUUUUAUCAAUACUUCCCAUUUUACUGGUGAAUCAGUGUUUCUUUGUACAGUUUAUAUAGCAACAUGUAACCCAGUAUGGUAUUCCAAUCAAUGUAUUGUGUUCAUUCACUAUAUUUAUAUAGUUUAAGAUGGGGUGUACCAAACUAUGUAAAGGCGAAGUGUAAAGACUUUAAAAGGGUUAAAUGAUCAGUAUCAUGUUUGAUAUUUAGAAUGCUGCUUGUGAGUGAUUAUUCAUUAGAAUGUAACUUUGGCCCUUCUGUCAUAUCCUGUUAACAUGCUUUUCUUCACUCAUCUCAACAAUGAAUGGUUUUCUGUUAUAACAGUGUUAUUACAAGCUUAUUCAGUGUUAUUACAAUUCAUUCGUUGAAGCUCCUUAUUAAGGAGCCCACAAUGGGGCAACUAGAGCAGAUCAAAUCAGAACAUAUCUCAGGGAACAACGUCUUAAAGUAUUUCCGUUGAAUCUGCACCACUGGAUACGCAGAUGAAAUGCAUUACAUUUUUAUCUGCCAUGUUUUCUUCUCCUUAAAAGGAUACUUUAAGGGAUCCCCAGAGUCAGGUGAACUCAUGGAUACCAUGUUUAUGUCUCUGCAUCCAGUAUGAGGGAAGUUAGAGGUAGUUUCGCGAGCCAAUGCUAAGUACCGUUAGCUCAAUGAAUGGAACUCAAAUGCAACAACUAGCAUGCUAGCUGUUGCCAUAGAUUUCCAGUCAUUGCGCCGAUUCAGAGGGGUUGGGUUAAAUGCGGAAGACACAUUUCAGGUGAAGGCAUUCAGUUGUACAACUGACUAGGUAUCCCCCUUUCCCUAAUGCUAGGUAGAAGUGACUCGGACUCUGGGGAAGUAGAUAAAGGGUUUCAUUGCCAAAAUCCCGAAGUAUCCCUUUAAAUCUUUUGAAAAACCUCUCUCCUCUGCUUUUCUUACUUGAACUACCUGUGACAAAUGUGAUCCAUAUGUGUUAAACGCAUGUUUAGAAUAUGUUAGGACUUGAAACCAAAUAAAUGUGAACGUUAUGCAACUGUG